AUGGUACUCGAGGCUGUCGCACAGAAAGUUCUUGUUGUCGGCGGCAACGGAUUUAUUGGUUCCGCAGUGUGCAAGGCCGCGCUCGCGCGGGGAAUGCAAGUUACUAGCAUCAGCUCUUCUGGAAAGCCGUAUACGACACCAAAGGGACAUUCACCCGCAUGGACUAGCAAAGUCGAUUGGCGACGAGGAGACGCAUUAAACCCCGAGUCGUAUGCCCAUAUUCUCCCCGAAGUGACGGGCGUCGUGCACACGCUCGGAACGCUCCUGGAGGACGCAGAGUACAAAAAGGCCAUACGUGAAGGCAACGUGUUUGGGCUCGCGGGAAGCGUGAUAGGAGGGCUAACAGGCGCGAGCUUUGGUGGGGGUAAUCCACUCGAGCGCAAAAACGAGGAGCAUAGCCGAGGAAGUUACGCCCUGUUGAAUCGCGAUGCCGCCUUAAGGGUGUGCGAGGCAUUCAUCAGUUCGAAACCAAACACUCCGCUAAGCCUUCCGCGAUCCUUUGUGUUCAUCUCAGCGGAGGACAUCUUCCGCCCACUGGUUCCUGCAGGCUACAUCGAGACGAAGCGCGAAGCCGAGCGACAAAUUGAAAGCAUGAUGCUCGGACGGCAAGACUACCGGGGGGUUUUCAUUCGACCAAGCCUCGUGUACCACGCGCAUUACAGGCCGUUAACCUCUCCCGUCGCGGCGCUCCUGGAUCUUUCCGCAUCUCUGCAUUCUCGCGCGCCCGUUCAAGUACCAACACCUUCCAGCGUACUGCGCACGCUAGCGUCGCUGUCGGGCUCAUCGGCCGCGGUGCCCGAAGAACGGCGUUCACCGCUGGAAUCUAUGGCCAAUGCCCUUAUCGUCCCCCCCAUACACGUCGAUCACGUCGGAGAGGCGUGCAGCAUUGCUGUGGAUGUAUCGCGAUUUGAUGUCGCUGGUCCGGUCGGUGUACGGGAGAUGAGACAUCUCAUCGGGUGGGAGCAGAAGGGACAGCCCGCCGCGCCUCCUCAUCCUAGUCACACCGCAGUUCCCGGCCGCGAAGCGGUAUAGUUUGUUAGUUGCAAGAUGG